UUUUCGUUUUCGGUUAAGGCGAAAGGGAAGCAACGGGACGCGCGCGCCUCUGCCUUUUCUCAGAUCUGGGGAUUGGUGAAUUAAGUCGCGGAUUUUGGUAUUCCGGUGUGUGCGCGCACACACGGAAGUCUGCGGAUGGCUCGUCAUCGCGGAAUUUCACUGAUUACAUUAUGUAUCAUGUGUAAUGAGUGAUAAACAAGGUGCGCCUACUUUGCCGCCCCUUACUGGGGGUGGAGGAAAUAAUGGGGGAAGCAAUGGAGGUGCACCACAGCAAACUGUCAGUUUGCAACAGGUUUUUGCCAAUGUUCUUACAUCAGCUAAUGUACAACAGUUUGUCCUUGCAUCCCAGGUUCCUGGCCUCGCACAGGUUUUACCUAGCGGUAGUGCGGCAAAUCAGUCCAUUGGCGUUACACGUAUUGUUAAUCUUUCGAACACGACACCGCGCGUUAGUGUGGUUAACGUCACUGGAGCUAGCGGCACUGUUACCGGAACGACGCUCACAUCACCCAGCCGUCAGAAUCCGAAGCUCGUGUUGACGACAUCACCCAAGCUGGUACGCACCUCCAUAGCCAACAUGUUUGUGACGCCUACGUCCCAAGUGUCUGUACAGUCGCCACCCGCAAAAAAAAAGUCGCGACUAACUGAGAACACGGAAAAAGCCACCUUAGUCGAGUUGGACUCGAUGGGCUACCGACGUCGUAUAAUGGAGCACAAGCUCAAGCGUAUGCGUUCAAUACGAGAAAAAUUGAAUGAUAACGCUUCAGAACUCUUUUUUCUUCACAAUGGUGGCAAUCUCAUGGAUUAUCAUACAUGGAAGAAAAGGCCAUCGACAGCCCAGUAUCUCCAUUUUAUGAAGCAGCAAAGUCUGGAAGCAGACGAGGAUGAGAAAGAACUUCUUCAGAGUUUGGAAAUGAUUGCUCCGGCUACAGCGACGAUUGCAGUGGCAACGGUAGCAGCAAAUAUGACGUCUAUGUCAACGACUACAACUACUACUGUUACGACAACCAACAGCCCGACACCCAUAACCUCGGCAACAUCUCAAAGUACAGAGGUCAUAGUUACAGGCGUAGGUGGUACACCCGUUGCAGUCUCUACGACAUUGCCCCCAGCUGUUGCGCAACUUAGUCAACAAGGUGGAACACCAAUUGUAAUAGAUUCCUCAAAACCUAAUUCAACACCAUUGGAAAAUCCUGUAACAGAUAAAAUGACAGCAACUAUUCCAAUUGAAAAACCUGUUACACCUCCAAUUACAUCAGCUCAACCUGUAGUUAAACUUGUAAAAUUACCUACUUCUUCAAUAUCUCCGUGUGAUACUGUUAGUAAUCAAGAACAAAUUGUAGAAAAAGCGAAACAGGAAGCUUAUGUAAUGCAAAGGAUUGCAGAAUUACAACGAGAAGGUUUAUGGUCAGAACGAAGAUUACCUAAAGUUCAAGAACCUCCAAGGCCAAAAGCUCACUGGGAUUACUUAUUAGAAGAAAUGGUUUGGCUUUCUACAGAUUUUGCACAAGAAAGAAAAUGGAAAAAAUCAGCAGCAAAAAAAUGUGCACGGAUGGUUCAAAAGUACUUCCAAGAGAAAGCUAUACAAGCUCAAAAAGCGGAAAAAUUAGAAGAGCUUCGAUUAAAGAAAAUUGCUGGUUUUAUUGCAAAAGAAAUAAAAACAUUUUGGGCCAAUGUUGAAAAGCUGGUAGAGUAUAAACAACAAACUCGAUUAGAAGAAAAGCGAAAGAAAGCAUUAGAUCAACAUUUAAAUUUUAUUGUUGAUCAAACAGAAAAAUAUUCAUCUUGGUUAACAGAAGGAUUGAAUAAAGGGGAAGGUAAUCAUAGUACACCAGCUUCAAUACACAGUUCUCGAAUAUCUUCACCUACUAGCGCUGAAAAACAUUCGGAUGAUGAUUUCAAGCCAAAUCAGUGCUCUGAUGAUGAUGAAGAAACAAUAGCUAAAGCAGAAGAGGAAAUGAAAUCAAAUCAUAAAGAAGAAGUGGAAUUAUUAAAAAAAGAAUCAGAGCUUCCAUUAGAAGAUCUACUGAAAGAAUUACCACCAAAUUAUCUGGAAGAAAGAGAUAAAAGUUUGUCCCCUUUGCCUAGGGAAAUUGUAGAAGAGGAAAGUGAUAAUGUUGAAGGUAAAGAUGCUGAAUUCACUGUAGCAUCAGAUGAAUCUUCAGAUGAUGAGGAAGAUACAAUUCAAGAACAAGAGAAGUUAGAAAAGAAUGUAGAUCAUAAACAGGAACUCGAUGAUCUAAAGGCUGAAAACGAAAUGUCGAUAGAUGAACUCAUGGCAAAAUAUAGAAAUACACCAGAAACUCCUAUGGAUAUUGAUAGUGAUGAUGAUUCUGAUAAAGAUGAAGAUGAUGAACAGGAAUCAGACUCUGAAAAUGAAACUGAAAGUGAAGAUGAAACACAGGAUGAUUCUCAAACACAAAGUGAUGAAGAGACUACAGUUGGAUUGAAAUCUUUACUUGAGGAUUUAUCUGAUGAAAAUAAGAGCAUGAAAGAAGUAACAGAAAAACAAAAUGAAAUGGAUUCUGUCGCAGCUCUAGCAGAAAGUAUACAACCAAAAGGGAAUACGUUACUUACUACAAGUGUUGUUACAAAAAUUCCAUUUUUACUGAAACAUUGUUUACGUGAAUAUCAACACAUUGGAUUAGAUUGGCUAGUCACAAUGUACGAGAGAAAAUUAAACGGUAUUCUUGCGGAUGAAAUGGGUUUGGGUAAAACCAUUCAAACGAUUGCGCUUCUGGCACAUUUAGCGUGUGAAAAAGGAAACUGGGGUCCUCAUUUAAUUAUAGUACCAACGUCUGUGAUGCUUAACUGGGAAAUGGAGUGUAAAAAGUGGUGUCCUGGUUUUAAAAUUUUAACUUAUUAUGGUACACAAAAGGAAAGAAAGCAAAAAAGAACAGGAUGGACUAAACCUAAUGCAUUUCAUAUAUGUGUUACGUCGUAUAAACUCGUUAUUCAAGAUCAUCAAAGCUUUAGGAGGAAAAAAUGGAAAUAUCUUAUUUUAGAUGAGGCACAAAAUAUUAAAAAUUUUAAAUCUCAAAGAUGGCAACUAUUAUUAAAUUUUCAAACACAAAGGCGAUUAUUAUUGACAGGAACCCCACUACAAAAUAAUUUAAUGGAAUUAUGGUCUCUUAUGCACUUCCUUAUGCCAAAUGUAUUUCAAUCUCAUCGAGAAUUUAAAGAAUGGUUUAGUAAUCCUGUAACUGGAAUGAUUGAAGGAAAUAACGAAUACAACGAAAAUAUCAUUCGACGUCUUCAUAAGGUUUUGCGUCCAUUCCUUUUAAGAAGACUAAAAUGCGAAGUUGAAAAACAGCUACCAAAGAAAUAUGAACAUGUUAUCAUGUGUAGAUUAUCAAAACGUCAAAGGUAUCUUUAUGAUGAUUUUAUGUCAAGGGCAAAGACAAAGGAGACUUUAGCUAGUGGCAACUUGUUAAGUGUUAUUAAUGUUCUCAUGCAAUUGCGUAAAGUUUGUAAUCAUCCAAAUUUAUUUGAAGUGAGACCGACAGUUUCACCAUUUCAAAUGGAAGGAAUUGAUUAUCAUACCGCUUCUUUAGCAUGGAGUGCUUUAGAUUAUGAUCCUUUUAAGCACAUCGAUUUAUCUUGUUUGAAUCUUCUUUUGGUUGAUUUGGAAUGUCUUCUUACUGCGUUUGUAGCUCACAGAAUUAGACGGUUAAAAACACAGCGAAAACUAAUUGAGGAAAUUGAUAGUCAAUUAGAACUUCCUCGAUGUCCAUCAGGCAAAAUAAAAAUUAACGUUAGGUUAUCUAAUCAGGUAUCCAAAGCAACUACAGCAACACAACAAAGUCCACAGCAAAUUAAAAUCAAAAGCUUUCCUGGUAUUCUGCCAACGCCAAGAGUAGGAACUUCACCAUUGGUUAAAAAUAUGAAUAGUCAAGCUCCAACAGGGCAAGGUGUUACUUUGAAAGUUGCUGGAGGACAACAGUUACAAGGAUUUUCUGUUCAAUUAGUACCGCAUCAAGGAGGUGUUAAAGCUAUUCCAGUUGGAACAGUUGCUCAGAAUAUUCAAAGUACAGCGACAGUUUCUCCAACCACAACAGGUAUAAAUGCUCAAAGAAUAAUUGUUGGUAAUUCAAAUAUUAAAGAUGGACCUCAAAGAUUAACAACACAUACUUAUACAGUAAAGCAUGGCGAUUCCGUCCAAAAAUAUCAAGUUCCUAGUUUUGCUCAGUUAGUACAGACAUCAACCGGCAGACAUAUCAUUUUGACUAAUCCCAAUCAACAAACAACUAAUGCACUUUCUUUCCCGGUAAUGACUUCUAGUGGUCAAAGACUAACAGUUCUUUCUAAACAAAUUAUGGGUUUGUCAACACCCGUAUCCGUAAACAAAGUAAUAAGUGGAGUUGUUACUUCAACAACAGGGGGAAUAAGUGGUAGACCAGUUAUGCGAGUACCUCCUCUUAAUGUGAGUACAUCACAAUCUGCUGGACAAGUACAAUCGCAAACGCAAAUUCGCUGUGUUGCAAGAAAUACUCAAAAAGAUAAUGAAAAGAAUCAAGAAAAAGAAACACCAAAAUCUGAAUUUUAUCUGCCACAAUUAGAAGAGACUAGACGACAGAAACGACAGGCCAAACUUAUUUCCUUAGCCGACAUAAAUGAGCGACGAUGUGCAGCAUGUCCUUUAUACGGUGAGGACCUGUUUCUGGCACUGAGAAUAGGUAAACCAGCAACAGCAUGUCAGUGGCAUAGUGGUUGGGUUCAUUGUGCUUCUAAAAAUGAGCCUAUGCGUACGAAAAGACAAUUUUUCUCACGUACAGAAGCUUUAGCCGAGGCCAUUAAAACCACUGAACAAAUUGUUGAAGAACUGAAAGAGAUUUUUGAUAGAUUUGUCAUUUAUGUUCCCGCGGUGCGGGCAUCCUUGCCUCGAUUUAAUAUCUCACAUCCACCUCCUCAUAAAUUAUGGAAAGAUCAACGCUUAAAGAUAGAGCUUAAACGAAAUUUGUCUUCGAAAUUAGCCUUGUUUCAUCCCAUUAUAAGAUCGAUGUUGACACAAUUUCCGGAUCCUCGAUUAAUACAGUACGAUUGCGGUAAAUUGCAGUCACUCGAUACAUUAUUGAGACAGUUAAAGUCGGAAAAUCAUAGAGUUCUCAUUUUUACGCAAAUGACUAGAAUGCUCGACGUUCUUGAAGCCUUCCUAAAUUAUCAUGGAUAUAUAUAUUUGAGACUUGAUGGUACUACAAAAGUUGAUCAGAGACAGGUCUUGAUGGAAAGGUUUAACAAUGAUAAGAGGAUAUUUUGUUUCAUUUUAUCAACCAGAUCUGGUGGUAUAGGUGUUAAUUUAACAGGAGCUGAUACGGUUGUAUUUUAUGAUAGUGAUUGGAAUCCUACCAUGGAUGCCCAAGCUCAAGAUAGAUGUCACAGAAUAGGACAAACAAGGGAUGUACAUAUUUAUAGGUUAAUAAGCGAAAGAACAGUAGAAGAAAAUAUUUUGAAAAAAGCAAAUCAGAAAAGACUACUUGGUGAUCUUGCUAUCGAAGGUGGUAACUUUACAACUGCCUAUUUUAAAAGUUCUACUAUUCAAGAUUUGUUUGACGUUGAUCAGUCAGAAACUGAUGCCAGUGCACGAAUGGCUGAAGUAUUAGAUCAAAAUAAGGAUAGAGAAAGAAAUUUACACAAAGAAUUGUCACAAUCUGAUGAUAAAAUGGCGAUUGGAGCACUGGAGAGUGCACUUGCUGCAGUUGAAGAAGAUCUUGAUGUACAAGCUGCAAAGACUGCAAAAGCAGAAGCUGUUGCAGAUUUGGCUGAAUUCGAUGAAAAUAUUCCUGUCGAUGAUGCGGAUAAUGAUGAAACACAGGUCAGCAAGGCCGAAAUGGAAGUUCAAAACAUCGUAUCGCAAUUGACUCCGGUUGAGCGUUAUGCUAUGCGAUUUGUUGAGGAGUCAGAUGGAACCUUUUCUGCAGCCCAACUCGCCGCAGCGGAGCGUGAAUUGGAAGAACAAAAAAAGGAAUGGGAGUUGGAUCGACUUAGAGCGAUGCGUGAGGAAGAGGAACGCCAUUUGCGUAUGACCGAUGACGACGAGAAUCCACUCACUUUUACUCGCGAGGAUGCUCAGAAUCAGAUUUGGUUAUCAGAAAAUACCUUGGAACAGAUGCCGAUGUGGUGCCCACCAACUCCUCCUACGUCGGAUAAUGAUGUAUACAUCGAUUAUUCUUUGGGGUUCCUCUAUGAUAGUACUCCAAUGUCAGAAGCGCAAUUGCCGCCAAUUUAUGUUAAAAAGGAGCAAAAACGAAGUCGCGUUGAUGCUGGAUCUACGGACAGAGAUGGUCGUCGACCCAUAAAAGUUAGACAUAAGGAAGAAUCCGUGUAUGCCCCUCGAUCGUUGUUUGAUCGUCCAUCGCCAGCUUUAACUAAAAUGCGUCGUGACAUAAAACUGCACAAAUAUCGCGGAAUGAUGAGGCCACCUAUAACAAUGACAGGGGUAAAGCCUUCUGCCAUGAUAAAGUCAGCUACAGAGCAAGAGCCAGCACUGGAAUGGAUGAUUCAUGAGGACUGGGCUCUUCUUCAGGCCAUACAAAUUUAUCAAGGCCUACAUUUGAAUUUAAUGAUUAUUUCGCCGGGCCAUACGCCCAACUGGGAUUUGGUAGCAGAUAUUGUUAACAAUAUCUCAAGGAUUUACAGGUCACCCAAACAAUGUAGAAGUAGAUACGAAGCCAUAAUUGUACCAAGAGAGGAAGGCAAGCUUCUGUACGAUACAACACCAAAAAAACAAAAAAAACAGAAAGGAGUAUAUAAAAUUUCCCAAGUGUCAGAGCAACAGAAUAAGACAAAUCGACCAAUGAGAACGUCACAAUUGUAUAAUCAAGAUAAGAAUCAUUCAUUUACGACAACGUGUUGUCAACGCUUUGAUACAAUAAAAUCAGUAUCAAAUAAGCGCGCUCCAACGGUGAAGGCAUUAUUAGUUAAUCCGAUGAUGAAAAAUCCAAAACAUGCGGCAGUUUUAGCUGAUUGUGGUAUUCAGUAUGAUAGUCCGUUAGCUCCUAUAGAUGUGGCCACACGCCGAGCAGAAAGAUUGGCGAAAGAAAAAUUAAAAAAUGCCGUUAGCACCUCGGUAAUGACGGCGGAACAGCAACAACAAGCAGCGGCACGACUUAUUCAGCAGCAGCAGCAACAACAGCAACAGCAACAACAGCAGAUUCUCGCUCAACAGGUUCAACAAAAUGUUACUACGAAUGCCCAAAUUCACCAAUUGAGUCAAGUGGUAACAACUGUGGCAACUGCAACGGGAGGCGUAACAUCAAUAAAGGCUUCGAACGUGGCGGCAGUGAGUUCGUCCAAUAUAGCGAGUACGAAUGUAAAGACACGCGUGAGUAGUGCCGUCGGUAUGCAAGACGUGCGUCCGAGUCCCACUAUCGUCGCCAAUUUACAUACCGGUCAGCGCCUUACUAGUGGAAGCCUUGUCACUACAACUCAGAAUCCUGCUAUCAUUGCCCAGAAGAACAUUGUCGGCUAUACUCUCGCCACAGCCAACAGUAAAAACCUCACACCAGCUCAAAUUCAGUAUGUCAAGCAACAGCAGCUCUUGCGUCAACAGCAACAACAGCAGCAGCAACAGCAGCUGAAAGUGUUGCAGGCACAGGCGGCUAGUGGUCAGAAAAUGUCGGUAGCAGUGUCGACAACUGCUGCCCAGCAACGCAGUGCUACUCUUAUGAAACAAGCGGGGCCUGCCGGUACAACUCUCGCGCAGCAACAAGUGGCUACGGCAAAACAGCAUCUCACCACUCGACAGGUUUCCGAGUCGGAUAUGGCUGCAUUGCUUAAACGUCAACAGCAGCAGGGCAAGACGGUGACGCAAGUGCAAGUACCAGCUCAAGCUGGACUCGCUGCAAAUCAAGUUUAUUCACAAGCGGGUUUACAGGUGCAGCAAGCGAGUACCUCAGGGGCAGCCGCACCAGUCGCAACACUUGUCAAGACUGCUGGUACUGUUACUGGGGUCAGGACCGCUACACCUCAGCAAAUUAGACACCUGGCCCUACAUCCCCAGAUACUUGCACAGCGCAAAUUACCCGGUCAAAAAGUGACUCAGUUGGCACAAGUUGCCGGAAAGGGUGGUGUACAAACUCAACUAAUUGUGCAACAGAAGGGUGGUCUUCAGGGUACAAUGACUGUUCAACAAUUACAGCAGGUUAUGAAGCAAGUGCAACCUGGUAGUACCAUGCAGCAGUUUACUCAUGUUUCUGCUGGACAAGCAGCUGCUCAACCAAGCCAAGUUGUGCUGGCCAAAUCACCCCUUCAAACACGCGUGAUUCCAGUGUCCUCCAGUGCUUUGAAGCAAACGAUUCAAGUUGUGGCGGCUAGCACCGCUCAACUUCGCCAAGCGACGCCCGGUCAGGGAAAACCGAUUGUCACUACAGCCAGAGCCAGUCCAGGCCCAAGCCAAGUUAGGCUUCAAACAAUAUCUCAUCAAGCGCACGUCCAACAGCAAGUGUCGCAGCAACAACAGCAACAGCAGCAACAACAACAGCAACAGCAAACUUCCACCGAUUCACAACCUAAAUAAAUGAUUUUUUACGUAACUGAUUUAAGGUGUAGAGUAUAAUAGCGAUCGUGCUUCAUUUUAAACGACAAUUGUACGACGAUACUUCCGUUGCAAAGAUUUGCAUUGUAAAUUAAAAAUUGAACAUUCCAUAUUUGCUUCUAGAUAUUCUCAGCCCUUAUGACCUUAUGACCUUAUGUAAAGUACGUGGAUACGUCAGAUUUUAAAACUGCAUUCUUCGUGUUUGUAUAUUCAAAUGUCUGUUCAUUACUUAAUUUUCAUGCUGAUUUUGAUUUUCAUAUUUUCUGAUAACAAAUAUACGAUCUGAAUUUAGCAUUUAAUAUCAGAAAAGUAAUACAAAUAGAUAUUUCGCAAUAUUUAAUUAUAUUCAUAAUUGAUAUUAAAGGUGAUAAUUAUAGUUUAA